UAGAGCACAUGGUUAAAAACAGCAUAACCUGUGCCUGUAUAAUAACAUGAAAACAAUUAUGUAGCAGUUACAAAUGUUUUAAUUAUUUAAGAUAAAAAAACAGCAUAGUGUGGUUUAAUUGUUUAGUUAAAGAAUAGUAUCAAAAAUGGGCAAGACAAGGCAUAAUUGGAAAUCGAGAAAUAUCGCAGAAGUUGAAAUUGACAAUUCCGGUGCCAAGAAGAUUGCUUUGGAUCUUAAACACCGCGAGGACAAUUAUGAUAAUUGCAAUGCGUUAGUUCUUCCUAGUGAAAAAAGAAAGACAAAGAAUAAAGUUAAAAAAGUAACUAUUACUCGAUUAUUGUCGAAAAAGCGUAGAAAACUAUUAGAAAAAGUUGUAGAGAAGAAGAAGAAAAAGUUACAAAGAGCCACACUUUUGGAAGAACUGGCAAAAGUUCAGGCAUCCCAAGAUGAGUUAAAACAAUAUGUAUCCUUAACGUCUGUGCAAACGAAAGGCUUAAAACGUCAUUUCAGAGAAGCAGAGUUACCUAUUGUAACAAAGACUGACUAUGAAUGCGAUGGCAAGGAAUUAUCUAUAAAUGCUAUUAAAGGUGGAAGGAAGAGAAGAUUAGCUAUUUUAGCACAAGAAAGAGAAGAGGCAACUGUUCAGGAUCCAAAUGUUGUGGGAUUUGAUGAAUCCAGUGACAGUGAGUCAGAGUCGAAUAAUGAAGAAGAUAAUGAAUCUGAACAAGAGGAAAAUACUUCAGAGCACGAGACACAUGAUCAGCCUGCAGAAACUAAAGAAACUGCAAAAGAGGGUUCCCCAGAGAAAGAGGAUCAGUCUUCAAAUAAGAGCAAUGUCACAGAGGAAGCUCUUGAAGAAAAAGAAGGAGUCGUUGCUGUCCAAAGUAAAGGUUCCUUGAAGUCACAGAAGGAACAAAAGCCAGUAGACAGAAAGCCUGCCAUCUUUGUAACAUUACAGAGGAAGUCAGAAAUACAAGCAGUUAGAUUAAAGUUACCAGUAGUGGCAGAGGAACAGGUUAUUGUGGAGGCAAUUAAUGAGAAUCCCGUUGUAAUAAUUACUGGUGAGACAGGGAGUGGUAAGACCACUCAGGUGCCUCAAUUUCUUUACGAAGCUGGCUAUGCUCGAGAUAGGCUAAUCGGAAUCACUGAGCCUAGAAGAGUGGCUGCUAUGUCUAUGAGCAAACGUGUCGGUGAAGAAAUGAAUCUCACGGAGAAGGAGGUUUCGUAUCUGAUUCGUUUCGAGGGGAAUGCUACGCCGGAGACCAAGAUCAAAUUCAUGACCGACGGUGUUCUGUUGAAAGAAAUACAAACUGAUUUUCUGUUAAAAAAAUACUCUGUAAUCAUCUUGGACGAAGCACACGAACGGAGCGUAUACACAGAUAUUCUAAUAGGUUUAUUAUCUCGGAUAGUACCGUUACGGAGUAAAAGGAACAAUCCUCUGAAACUUGUAGUAAUGUCAGCUACUUUGAGGGUAGAAGAGUUUGUGGAGAAUAAGAGAUUGUUUAAGAUCAAACCACCGGUGAUAGCAGUGGAGACCAGACAGUUUCCUGUUACAAUACAUUUUAAUAGAAGAACCAGUUCUAACUAUGUUGCUAACGCUCUUCGAAAAGCAAUAAAGAUACACACUCGUUUGCCAGACGGCGGUAUUUUAAUAUUUCUAACAGGACAGCAGGAAGUCAAUUUGGUGGUACGUAGACUGCGUAAAGCUUUUCCUAUAAAAAAGAAGAAGAAGCAGGUACAGAAGAAAAUAGAGACUACACAAGACACAGCGAAUUCCGACGAGAAAGAUAAAGAUACUGAAACCAAAAGCGACUGUGAUGACUCUGACGAUGAUUUUCGUUGCAAGGAGGCCAUACGUUACAACAAGCUAAGACAAAAGAAGCAGAUUCAGUUACCAACUAUUAAUCUGGACGAGUAUGUACGAGCUAAAACGUGAAUUCCUUUUGCUGACGAUACACAUGAAGAUUUAAUUGGAGGGGAAGAAAACGAAGAGAUUCAUUUGGACGAGGACGAGGACGAGGAUGACGACGUUAUUGAUCUGAAACUUUGUGCAAACGCACAACCACUGUGGGUGCUGCCUCUCUACUCUUUGUUACCGAGCCACAAGCAAGCUAGGGUGUUCGAGCCACCCCCGGAGGGCUGUCGUUUAUGCGUGGUCUCCACAAACGUAGCAGAAACUUCGUUAACAAUACCCAACAUAAAAUACGUUGUAGACUCUGGACGUUGCAAAACCAGAAUGUACGAUAAGGUGACAGGUGUGAGUACGUAUGAAAUAUGUUACACCAGCAAGGCGUCCGCGAAUCAACGUGCUGGAAGAGCGGGUAGAACCGGUCCUGGUCAUUGCUAUAGACUAUACUCCUCAGCGGUGUUCAACGAUCAGUUCGAACAGUUCAGUCAAUCGGAGAUCCAACGGAAGCCAGUGGACGACUUACUGCUGCAAAUGAAAGCAAUGAACAUUGACAAAGUCGUGAACUUCCCGUUCCCAACACCGCCAGACACUGUGCAACUACGAACAGCCGAAAGACGACUAUUGAUUCUGGGUGCAUUGUAUCAACCGUCACCUGGAAAGGAAGGUUCAUACAGCGCCAAAGUCACGCCACUUGGUCACAGUAUCGCUGCGUUUCCGGUUGCUCCUCGUUAUGGAAAGAUGUUGGCUCUUUCCCAUCAGCACAAUCUUUUGCAGUACACCGUGUGUAUGGUUGCUGCGCUUUCUGUUCAAGAAGUCCUGGUGGAGGCGUUCAGUUCGGAUGGCGGUACGAAAGGCAAAUGGUUACGAAUGAGACGUCACUGGGCUGGAGCAGGAAAUAGUUUGCUUCUUGGCGAUCCAAUGGUCCUGAUAAGAGCAGUGGGAGCAUCAGAAUAUGCUGGGACUAAAGGCAAGCUCCUCUCGUUUUGCGACGAGCACGGUCUGAGGCACAAAGCAGUGGUCGAGAUCAGGAAGCUUCGACAACAGCUGACAAAUGAAAUCAACUUGAAUAUACAGGAUCUAAAUCUAACUAUCGAUCCACAAAUGAAACCACCUACCGACAUUGAAGCGAAACUAUUGAGACAAAUAGUUCUUGCUGGUAUGGCUGACCAGAUCGCAAGGAAGGUAAUGCCAGACGAAAUCGGUGAAGAUCAAGACAAAACUAAAUGGAAAUACGCUUAUAAAACCCUAGACAUGGAGGAUCCAGUGUUCAUGCUCUCGUCGUGCGUUCUCCGUAAAUCGUGUCCUGAAUGGGUAGUUUACCAAGAAAUAUACGAGACUAAUAAAAUGUAUAUGCGUGGCGUCACGGUUAUAGAACCGGAAUGGCUACCCAAGUUUGCUCCGUCCCUCUGUCAGCUCGGAGAACCCUUGACUGACCCACCUCCAAGGUAUGACACAGAGACUGGAAAAGUAAUGUGUACCAUGAGAGGAACAGUGGGAAAGGCUGGUUGGACAUUACCAUUGAUGAACGUGGAGCAUCCUCUGUCCACCGAAGGAGUGAAAUGGUUUGCGUGUUUCUUUUUGGAGGGUAAAGUCUGUCUGAAAUUACAACGAUUUGUCCCUUCGUUGCUCUCGACGCCACAGAGCAUCAACAAAUCCUGGGCAAAAUUAAUACCACGAACACAAGAAAUAACUCAGCUCCUAUUGUCUCAUGCGAUUAUGUCAAGAGAGAAAUUACGGGAGAUCUGGGAAACCGAUAAAAGUUUUCUCUUGUCGUCCUAUCAGAAAUGGCUACCAGAAUCGGCUCACGGAGAAGUCGCGACCAUCUGGCCACCUGUAUAAUAUAUUGUAAUACUUAAUUUACCAACAUUUUCUAUUGUAUAUACAUGC